ACAGCAGCGCCAAGCAUGAUGGCAGGCCGGGCAGGGAAGCGCAAGGCCAUGGUCGACGACUCGGACUCGGACGACCCGCGUAUCAUGGCCCGCGAAGAAUCGGGCAGCGAGGAAGAGGCAGCUCCCGUGGCCGCCAAGUCCUCUUCGGAAUGGGAGGCUAUCGUGAACGCCGAGGUCAACGAGACGCUUCCGGCCGCGCUCCAAAUGUGCGUGUCCAAUGCCAAGAAGCAGCGCCAAGACCUCCUGAAGCGCGUGCUCGAAGGUGCCAAGGCCACGGAGCACCUCGUCGCGACGGUCAAGGACAUUGGCGACGACAACCAGAUCGAGGUCCUCAAGGGCGUCACGACCAACUUUGUGCAGCUCCACGGGCGCAUUAGCGCCUACGAGAAGAAGCUUGAAGGUCUUAGCACGGCGCUGCAGUCGGGACGCGUCCCAUCAACGUACCGCGGGGCGCUGAACGUGUCUUCGUCGCGCGUCUCGGACGCGCAAGUCAUGCAGCACGACUUUUACAAGCGCUUCUGCGGCGCGGCCGGGAUUGAAGAGGAAGGCGAUGAUGACGAUGUGGAUGUGCUCGUCCAAGAGACCGAGGCGGCCAACACCAUCACGUGCCCGAUUACGCUGUUGGAGAUGGUCGAGCCCGUGCGCAACAAGCGCUGUGGCCAUACGUACUCGAAGGCUGGCAUCACGGCCCACCUCAAGCGAAAGAACGCCUGCCCCAUUGGCGGCUGUCGCGAAAAGGUUGGUCUCCACGACCUCGAGCGCGAUGUCGAAAUGGAAGUCCGCAUUGCGAGCAACCGCCGCGCGCAGGCGACGCAGCAGCUCAACAGCACGAACGCGGCCAUCGACAUGGACGACGACGAUGACGACGACGAGAUCCUCGAACACAACGUCGAAUAAGGCUAUUAAUCCAUCCAUUCCCAGC